AAAAGGUGCAUUUCAACCAGAGUUUUGAAUUUGGCAAAGAAUAGGCGGGGAGAGAAAUACCGAUGAUGGGAAUGGAUUCAACAUGGGUGGGACGAAAACCAGUGAGACGCCUGGGCGGGAUGUCGGAUGCCCUCUCUAUUGCCGCCGAUCUGGGCUUCGCCGUUUCUCCCCCUCCGUCACAGGAGGAGAUCCAGUGUUUUUCCAGUGGCUCUGGUGAAAAGAGUGAUGAAUUGGUAAGGGUGUUGAAGGAGCUUACUGCUGUCCAAAGAAAAAUUGCAGACUUGCAAGUGGAGCUUCAGGGCAGAAAGGUGAUACAACUGAAUAACUGAUUUAGCUAUCAUCUAUUGUUCUAUUCAACAAUAUUGCCUACAGAGUACAAGAGUAUAUACUAGCAUUUGGUGAUUCACCACACGCUGGGCAUAUACUUUCUAUUUUGGCGUAAUUUAUUUCCCCGUCAAGAAACUCGGAUGUUUCAA